UGGCGGUUUGAAGAAUGGACGUGAAAUCCUUGGAGCAUCCGACCCUCAAGGUUCCUUAUGAAAUAUUGAACAAGAAAUUCAGAUCAUCACAGAAGGUGAUAGACCGUGAGGUAAAUCAUGUAUCUAACUCACUGUCUGAGCUUGAGACCCUGUAUACCGGGGAGGAGGGGGAUACUGCUACUGCUCUCAGUAAGCUAGACAAGAUCAAGGAGCAGCUGGAGCAGCUCAGGGAGAAGAGUCGUGAAGCAGUAGAAGAUGUUCUUGUAACCGGCAGAGUUUGCAAGAGGCGAUCAGAGCAUCUGUCUGAAGGAUGCAAAGAAGGAUUGACUAGGGCCCAGGAGAAACAGUUUAUGAAGCUGAGACUAGAACGGAUCCUCGUAGAACAUUUUCUUCGAGCUGGGUUCUAUGAAUCUGCUCUUCAGCUGAGUAAAUCCUCAGACAUUUGUGAUCUUGUAAACUUAGAAGUAUUUCUGGCAGCCAAGGAAGUCGAGGAAUCAUUGAAUGCAGGAGAUAUCAGUAAGUGCUUAGCCUGGUGCCACGAGAAUAAAUCUAAACUCAGGAAGAUGAAAUCAUCUCUGGAGUUCAAUGUCAGAAUACAGGAAUUUAUAGAGUAUAUUAAAGCUGGUAAACGACUAGAAGCUGUUCAUCAUGCCAGAAAAUUCUUAGCUUCAGACGAUUCUUCACAGCUAGCUUUAGUUCAGCAGGUUAUGGGCUUGCUAGCCUUCCCUCUGAAUACACCCGUUCAGCCUUACAGAGAUCUUCUAGAUCAGGCUAGAUGGCAGACUAUUGUUCAACAAUUCAGGACUGAGAACUAUAAACUACAUCAGCUGAGUUCUAUCUCUCUACUGAAUGUGACCCUUCAGGCUGGACUAUCCUCGCUCAAAACCCAGCACUGCUACAGCCAGCAGGGUCAACAUAUACUCGCAGGACUACCUAGUUAUAUGCAGGAGUUGAAGCACAGAAAUGAGGAGAGGAAUAUUGAAUGUCCAGUUUGUCAUCCUUCUCUCAAUGCUCUGGCAGUUGGUCUACCAUACUCGCACUGCUCGCAAUCCCGCUUAGUCUGCUAUAUGUCUGGUACACUACUAAACGAGAAUAAUCUACCGAUGAUGCUUCCCAACGGAUAUGUUUAUGGAGAGCAGGCGUUGCGGAGUAUGGCUGAUUUGAAUGAAGGUCAGGUUGUGUGCCCACGAACCAAGGAGAUAUAUUCCUUUACUGAGAUGGAGAAGGUCUACGUCAUGUAAACAACAGCAACCUGAAGGGACUGUAAAGCUUAUCUUUAAGUGACCCUCCAUGACAAGAUAGGAAUGCCUGAUAUAAAAUGGUAUCCUUGAAACCUUUAUCUGAUCAAUAAAGUGCAAGAUAACUCGCUUUUCUUGCUCAAAAAGUGUU